GAUGUCGACAUCAGUGAUGUGAAAAAUGUGACUGACCCUCUGACCAAGGUCAAGGUCGGACUGGUAUCCAAUGACGACAUGCCUGUGUCCCUCAUAGAAGCCCACAUUAGAGCCAAACUGAUUGACCUCGCAGGAGAGGUAGUGGUUCUACAAGAGUACCACAACAGUAGUGAUAAAGCUCUGGAAGCUAAAUACGUCUUCCCUCUGGAUGACAUGGCCGCGGUCUGCGGAUUUGAGGCCUUCAUUAACGGUAAACACAUCAUAGGGGAGGUGAAGGAGAAAGAGACCGCCCACAAAGAAUAUAAACAGGCCAUCAAGGAGGGGCACGGGGCGUAUCUAAUGGACCAAGACGAGGAAACUCCGGAGGUAUUCACAGUGAGUGUAGGAAACCUCCCCCCUAAAGCUACAGUCAUCAUUAAGAUCACCUACGUCACAGAACUACAGGUAGAAGGUGAACUCAUCAACUUCCGACUCCCUGGCAGCGUGGCGCCAUGGAAACAGAAGUAUGUUGAUGCUCCAGAAUUCAAAGACAAGGACUGGGAUACAGUACAGGUUGAGGACACAGACUGCAGUGUACAGGUUUACGUAGACAUGCCUUUUGAUAUCAGAAGUCUGGAAUGUCCUACUCACAAAAUUCUUGUAAAGAGAACAGCCACUAAAGCCACGGUGGAGAUGAAGGAAGACCAGACAAUAGAAGAUGGCUUCCAGUUACUGAUUGGUCUAGCUGAGAUCCACGUACCGCGGAUGUGGGUGGAAUCUGAUGAAGGCCAAGAUUCACAGGCCUGUAUGCUGACCUUUUAUCCUGAGUUUGAGGCUGAGGAGGAGUCAGAGGUCGAGGUCAUUUUGAUGAUUGACAGCUCCAACUCCAUGAAAGGCUCCGCCCUCCAACAAGCCAAGAAAACUGCUCUGUUAACUCUACAUCUCAUGGAGUCCAGCUGGAGAUUUAAUGUGGUGUCUUUUGGAACAGCUUUCCAAGAGCUUUUUCCGUCCAGUCAGCCUGCCAGUAAAUUUAACAUACAGGCAGCCAAACAAUUCAUACAGAGGCUGCAAGCAGACGAGGGUAACACAGAACUUUGUCGACCUUUGAACUCUUACUACCUCCUAAAACCAGAGAGUUACACCAGGAAUAUCUUCCUUAUCUCUGAUGGCCAUAUAAAUAACGAGGAGACAACUCUGUCCAAAAUCUCCCAAAAUUACCAGCACACCAGGGUCUUUACACUAGGGGUCAGCUCUGUGGCCAAUCGUCACCUACUGAAAGCUGUGGCCAGAGUAGGAGCAGGGUCAUUUGAGUUUUACGACUCCAAAUUCAAAUCCAAGUGGGAGGAAAAGGUCAAGUCCCAGUUACAGAAAGCUGCCCAGCCAGUGCUGACCUCUGUAUCUGUUGAUUGGCGCCAUGACGACCAGCACCCUGCUCCCAUCCAAGCUCCGCAGCAAAUAACCGCCCUGUUUAGUGGGUCCCGACAAGUCAUUUAUGGCUUUGUGGACAACUGUUACAUGGCAACUCUGAAAGCAGAGGUUGGAGGUCAAGAGAUAUCAACAGUUGUGUCGACCUCUGACCUUAGUGUCACAAAGGGCAAGAUGCUGCAUAGGCUGACUGCCAAAGGGGUGAUCAGAGAUUGGGAAGACGGAGUUCUCUCCCCUGAUAGAACAGGACAUGAGGUGAGGAAAAUGAACCUGAAGCAGUAUAUUAUAGAGCUGAGUAAGAAGUACACCAUCGUCACAUCACUCACCAGCUUUGUCGCCAUCGAGAAACGAGAAAAGGAUGAGGUGAUUCCCGAGGAUGCUCCAGAUGUCUGGGACCUCCUGGAAAACGAGGACGUAGAUCAGCUGAAAUAUUUAUCCUGGGAAGGAGAGGAGGAUGAGAGUUCAAGUGAUGAAGAAGAGAUGGAAGAGGAAUAUUCGUCCGACGAGGAAGGAUCGGGAACAGGAGAGGAAGAGGAAGAAGAUUUUGAAGAAGAAGGAGGAAAAAUGAAAUCGUAUCAUUGCAGGGCGGAGGAGGAGGUUUGUCCAGAAGAAGCUAUGGACGUUGAUGAAUUGUGUUUGGAGUCUGAGAUUGACGAUAUCCACUCUAAAAUGAAAGAAAAUGUAGAAAAAGUACUAGAGAGGGGUGAAAAACUAGACAAUUUAACUGAGAAAUCACAAACACUUAUGGAUGCAUCCCCUGUCAUCAUGGACAUGGGUUCACUGUUUAUGAAGGCGGGGUUUGCUGGGGACGACGCCCCCCGAGCAGAAUUUGAGACAACAGUAGGACGUCCUCGACAUCGGGGCGUGAUGGUCGGCAUGGGACAGAAAGACUCAUACGUCGGAAAAGAGGUCACAGGAGCAAAACCUGUUGUAGGAAGAGUAUUGGAAAAGCUUCCUUUAUCUUUGGAAGAAUCUGAAGAAGAAGAUGUAGACAUGGCUUUUGCUCUUUUUGAUGAUGAUGAUGAUGAUGAUGAUGAUGAGUCAUUUGACGAAUUACCUAAGGAAAAAGCACCACCAAAAGAAUUCCAGAAAAGAGGACCAGCUGUUCGUCCUCCCCAUCAACAGAAUCUUAUGAAGAUGUCACGCCCACCACCCUCACUACCUGUACAUCUUCCCAGAGAACAGGUGCUUGAGAUGAGACCACCACCUCCACCAAUGGAUGACGAAUUCUCUGAAUCAGAUGAGGAAGAUUAUGAAAAACCUGAUACUUCAUCGAUUAAACGAGAUUAUGCCAAAGUUCCAGUGGGGAUGGCAUUAGGAGUUAAGGGUGAACUAUCAAAGAAAGAACCAUCACCUAAAAAAAUCAAAGACUCUAAAGUCUCCGGUGAACAAUUACAUGACCGGCAAAGUAGACAGCUCAGAGAACUUAAUUACUGUGCUAAAUGGAUCUCUAAUGUUUAA